UUCAAGUGAUUCUGAUGAUGGAAUUGUUGGCUGUCCAAGAGAUAAGAUUGGCACACAAAAAUUUACUGCAAUAGUAUCAGAUACUGAGGCUGCAAUUAUGGCAGCAAAAUAUCAUAUUACUGCUAGAUUUCCAAAUAUUUUAGCAAUUAGGUGUAUUGUACACCAUAUACAAUUAAUUGCUACAGGUGUAGCUUUACAGGAUGAUAUUAUUGAAACAUUUGUAGUUGGAGAAAAUCUUAAACCAAUGACCAAAACCAAAUGGUCAAUAGCUUGGGAUGUAUAUGAUUCAAUGUUACAUUUAGAAAAUAGUAUAAAAUUG